CUAGUUUUACUUGAUAUAAUGUUUAAACGUUACGUCGUUUAGGUUUCUAUUUGUUUUAGGUUUCUAUUCUAUUUGGUUAGAAUAUUUUUAAUUGAUUCGUACGCUGUUUUAUCUGCUAUACAACAAUGUCUUUAUUCGGAAACUCUGCAAGAAGUUCCAGCAAAAACUUGGUCGAGUUUCGUGCCGGGAAAAUGCAUUUAAAGGGAACCACAGUAUCACCAGACAAGAGAAAGGGUCUUGUUUACGUUUACCAAGCCGAAGACAGCUUAAUGCAUUUCUGCUGGAAGGAUCGAACAAGUGGAAGAGUUGAAGAUGAUCUUAUUAUUUUUCCAGAUGAUUGUGAGCUGAAGAAAGUUGCCCAGUGCACAACAGGAAGAGUCUUCCUGCUCACUUUCAAGUCAACAAGCCGGAAAUUGUUUUUUUGGAUGCAGGAACCCAAGACAGACAAGGAUGAAGAGUUUUGUAAGAAAGUGAACGAUUCUUUGAACAAUCCUCCCCAACCAGGACAAAGUUCAGGCUCUGGUGCAGAUCUUGGGGGAAUGGAUGGCAACAUACAGGAUUUGUUGAACAACAUGGACCAACAGCAGUUGCUUCAACUUAUGGCAGGUGGAGGGCUUGGUAAUUUACUCAGUCCAGGUCGUUCCACUUCCCGGAGUUCACGAAAUCAAACAACUUCUUCACCACGUUCCACAACAACUGUCACACCUCAGCGUUCCACCGUAGCUGAUACAAUCCCUGCUCCAGCUGCAACAACAACAACAACAACUACUACAGCAUCACAGCCUGGUGUUCAGUUGAGUCAACUGCAAGAUAUUUUAUCCCAAAUGGGAGCUCCAAAGCCGGAGCCAAAACAUAUUAACUUAGCAGAUGCUAUCACCCCUGCUGCAAUGAUUCCUAUACUUGCUGAUCCAAAGGUCCAAGAGCGAUUGAAACCGUUUCUCCCAGAAGGUCAAGAAUUCACAUCAACUGAGCAGGAGUUGCGAGAAACGGUUCGUUCUCCUCAGUUGCGACAAGCCAUCUCCUACUUUGGAUCGGCUCUUGCAGCCGGUGAUCUUGCCCCUGUACUUGCUCAGUUUGGACUUCCAGAGGCAGCACAGUUGGCAGCAAGCAAAGGAGAUGUAGAAGCUUUCGCAAAAGCCAUGCAAGAAUCCGAGAAGAAGCCAGAAGAGGAAGAACACAUGUCAGUCGAUUAAAUGAUCUUUUCAUUGCAAUGUGACUACAAUGAAUAAACUGCAUUAACAAAACAGGAA